AGUGUGUGCUUCUUUUCAGAGCGAGCUCAGUGUUAAUUUCACAGCGGAGUUGGCCAGCAGCGAGUGCGUUACCAGACCCGAACCAACCAGUUACCACGUCAAACUCAAAGACAAUACCACACAGGCAAUUAAAUAAACCAACAACAACAACAGCGACAACAACAGCUACGACCUGUGCAUACCGUAUAAUACUAAUAGACGGAAAUUUACAGAGACUGCAGUUAACUAAUUGAUAUAAUGUGUGGCAUUUUCGCAUACCUGAAUUAUCUAACACCCAAGUCCCGCCAGGAGGUGCUGGACCUGCUGGUGACAGGCCUGAAGCGUCUGGAAUACCGUGGCUAUGACUCAACCGGCGUUGCCAUCGACUCGCCCGACAACAAGGACAUUGUGAUGGUUAAACGCACUGGCAAGGUCAAGGUGCUGGAGGAUGCGAUUCAAGAGCGUAAGUCUGAUUUACGUUGCAAUCCCCGAUUGUUAAUCCAAUUGCAUUGGACGUGUGCAGACUUCAGCGGCGCGGAGUACAGUGAGCCGGUGAAGACUCACGUUGGCAUUGCACAUACACGUUGGGCCACCCACGGCGUGCCCUGCGAACGUAACUCGCAUCCGCAGCGUUCGGAUGAGGGCAACAGCUUUGUCGUGGUCCACAAUGGCAUCAUUACCAACUACAACGACGUGAAGACCUUCCUGUCGAAGAAGGGCUACGAAUUCGAGUCGGACACGGACACUGAGGUCUUUGCCAAGCUGGUGCAUCACCUGUGGAAAAAGCAUCCCAACUACUCGUUCCGGGAGCUCGUGGAGCAGGCGAUUCUGCAAGUGGAAGGCGCAUUUGCCAUUGCAGUUAAAUCGAAGCAUUUCCCGGGCGAGUGCGUUGCUUCACGGCGUAGUUCUCCUUUGCUCGUUGGUAUUAAGACAAAGACCCGGUUGGCCACGGAUCACAUUCCCAUUCUGUACGGCAAAGAUGACAAGCAACUGAGCUCCGAUCAAGAUGCCGACUCUGGCAAACCUCAAGAGUUGCGUCCUCAUGGACAAACUCGUGAAUUGCCAGUGUUGCCGCGCUCGGAUAGCACAUCGGAAUUCAUGCCAAUGGCGGAGAAGGAGGUUGAGUAUUUCUUUGCCUCGGAUGCCUCGGCUGUCAUCGAGCAUACAAAUCGCGUUAUCUACCUGGAGGACGAUGAUGUGGCUGCUGUGAGGGAUGGCAUUCUGAGCAUCCAUCGUUUGAAGAAGAGCCUGGAUGACCCGCAUGCCCGCGAGAUUACCACACUGAAGAUGGAAAUUCAGCAGAUCAUGAAGGGCAACUACGAUUACUUCAUGCAAAAGGAGAUCUUUGAGCAGCCCGAUUCAGUGGUCAACACAAUGCGCGGACGUGUCCGCUUUGAAGAAAACUCUAUCGUGCUGGGUGGCAUAAAGGACUUUAUACCCGAAAUAAAGCGCUGCCGUCGCCUAAUGCUGAUCGGCUGUGGCACCUCGUACCACAGCGCCGUAGCCACGCGCCAGCUUCUGGAGGAGCUCACAGAGCUGCCGGUCAUGGUCGAGCUGGCCUCCGACUUCCUUGACCGCAACACGCCAAUAUUCCGCGACGACGUCUGCUUCUUCAUCUCGCAGUCCGGCGAAACGGCCGACACCUUGAUGGCCUUGCGCUACUGCAAGCAACGCGGAGCCCUCAUCGUCGGCAUCACCAACACCGUGGGCAGCAGCAUCUGCCGUGAGUCGCACUGCGGCGUCCACAUCAAUGCCGGCCCCGAGAUCGGUGUGGCCUCCACCAAGGCAUACACAUCGCAGUUUAUAUCGCUGGUGAUGUUUGCGCUGGUCAUGUCCGAGGAUCGUUUGUCCUUGCAGCAGCGACGCUUGGAGAUUCUGCACGCUCUGUCCAAGUUGGCUGACCAGAUUCGCGAAGUGCUCAAGCUCGACUCCAAGGUUCGAGAGCUGGCCAAGGAUUUGUAUCAGCACAAGUCACUGCUGAUCAUGGGCCGCGGCUACAACUUCGCCACCUGCCUGGAGGGCGCAUUGAAAGUGAAGGAGCUGACCUACAUGCACAGCGAGGGCAUCAUGGCCGGCGAGCUGAAGCACGGUCCACUGGCCCUUGUGGACGAUUCCAUGCCAGUGCUGAUGAUCGUGCUGCGCGAUCCAGUCUACGUCAAGUGCAUGAACGCCUUGCAGCAAGUCACCUCCCGCAAGGGCUGCCCAGUGAUCAUCUGCGAAGAAGGCGACGAGGAGACAAAGGCCUUUUCGUCGCGCUCCCUCGAGAUUCCCCGCACUGUCGACUGUCUGCAAGGCAUCCUCACCGUCAUACCCAUGCAGCUGCUCUCCUACCACAUUGCCGUGCUCCGCGGCUGCGAUGUCGACUGCCCCCGCAACCUGGCCAAGUCCGUGACAGUGGAGUAAACAAACUUGCUCUCUUUUCAAGCGCCAGCCCACUCUCAAUACAUACCCAUGGCACCUCGCGUGCCCCAAUUCCAUAAAUAUCUCGAUAUGCAUACUCCCAUACUCUAUAUCGCUUGCGAUGAACACACACAUUGAUUUUACAAAAACACUUGUUCACCUAUCAUAAUGGAAUCUAACGAACUACUUUAUUAAAUUGAAUUUGUUUUGUUAAA